AUGGUGCUCGCAAAAUCGAAAAAGGCCGUUGGCCUCGGAAACAGUCUCAUGAAUGACAGGUUUGGCAAAGGCAAAGGUGCCGACAUGAGGAGGGGCAACUUCCAGGCCGGUAUUGAGAGGACAGGACAGAACGGCGAGAAGUACAUUAUCAACGAGAAGAAGGACGCUGCAUGGGUAAAGAUGCGCUCCGUCACCGAACAGGGCGCCCUCGACGACUUUCUUUCCACUGCAGAGCUGGCUGGUACCGACUUUACCGCUGAGAAGAUGAACAACGUCAAGAUCAUUCACAAGGACCAGAAAAACCCCUACCUUCUCUCGGCAACGGAGGAGCGCAACGUCACCCGCAAACACAAAGAGAACAAGAACCGUCUUACAGUCCCGCGGCGACCAAAGUGGGAUGAAAAGACGACACCACAGGAACUAGACACCAUGGAGCGCGAGUCGCUGCUUCAAUGGCGGAGAGGCUUGGCUGAACUGCAAGAAAACAACGACUUGCUCAUGACUCCCUUCGAGCGCAAUCUCGAAGUCUGGAGGCAGUUGUGGCGAGUGAUUGAGCGCUCGGAUCUUGUUGUGCAGAUUGUUGAUGCACGAAACCCACUCAUGUUCCGAUCUGAGGACUUGGAGGAUUACGUCAAGGAGGUCGACCCAAGGAAGAACAACUUGUUGUUGGUGAACAAAGCCGAUAUGAUGACGCUUGGCCAGCGCCGCGCAUGGGCUGACUACUUCGAAUCAGCGGGCAUCAACUACAAGUUCUUCUCGGCCGAGUUGGCUAAAGAAAUGAACGAGGCCAGGGCUUUAGCAGAAGGACACGAUUUGGAGGACUCAGUUGACACAGACGAGUCGGGUGAGUUCUCGGGUGAAGAGGACGCUGAGGCGGAGGAGGUUGAUUCGGAAGAAGACACUGAUGACUCAGAAGAUGAAGCCCUUGCAAAAGAAGCCAGGAAAAUUCGUCUUCAAGGCGAGAAAGGGAAGAAUGCGCAACCGGUCGAUGCAGAGACGGUCGCUGUGAGUGACCAAAGCGAGCCUCUCCCAGACGAGGAUGAGCGUGUGCGCAUAUUGACUACCGAAGACCUCGAAGCGCUAUUCCUUGAACACUCGCCAGACGUCGACACAGGGCCUAAUGGAGAGCCUCGCAAGACAUCCAUCGGUCUCGUCGGAUACCCCAACGUCGGAAAGUCGUCCACCAUCAACGCCCUUAUCGGGGCAAAGAAGGUGUCAGUCUCAGCAACCCCUGGAAAGACCAAGCACUUCCAGACUAUUCAUUUGAGUGAGAAGGUCGUCCUCUGUGAUUGCCCCGGUCUAGUCUUCCCCAACUUUGCCACCACGAAAGCCGAGCUCGUCUGUGCAGGUGUCCUCCCUAUUGACCAACUGCGCGAGUACACCGGUCCUGCCGGCCUCGUCGCCCGCCGCAUCCCCCAACCCUUCCUUGAAGCCCUCUACGGCAUGAAGAUUCACCCGCGCCCCUUGGAAGAAGGCGGGACCGGGAUCCUGACUUCGGAAGAAAUUCUGCGUGCAUACGCCAUUGCCCGAGGCUUCUCAACACAAGGUCUCGGCCAGCCUGAUGAGUCGCGAGCGGCGCGCUACAUUCUCAAAGACUACGUCAAGGGCAAGAUCCUCUUCUGCCAUCCUCCCCCCGUUGAUCCACCACUGGACCCCAAACUCUUCAAUCGCGAACUCUACGACGUCAACCACCUCCCCGCCAAACGACGCCACCACCCUCUUGCCCGCCUUCCUGGUUCGACAUCGCUCGCUGGCCCUGACGAGGACGAGUCGCUCAUGACCGACGACCUCGACAUUGGUGGUGGUGUUCCCGUGCAAGGUGAGAAGACGCAGAUGAUGGAUAAACGCUUCUUCGGUCCCGGCCAGGGUAUGGCGCGGGUCAAUGUGCCGUUCCACCACAAAUACAGUGAGCAGGGCAAGCAGCUCAGCGGUCGGAAACUCAAGCAAAUGACGGCGUUGGAGAGGGAUGUAGAUGUCGCCGAGCUGAAUACGAAUAGCAAGAAGCAUUUCAAGGCGAAUAAGAAGAAGGCUAAAAAGGUCAGGACUGAAUAUGUCUAG